AUGUCACGGCGGCCCAACCCUGCCGCUGAUCGCGCGGAACAGAAUCGCGCAACACUGAAGAACUUGGUCAAGCUCGAGGGCAACAAGACAUGCGCUGACUGCAAGAGGAACAAGCACCCUCGCUGGGCCAGCUGGAACCUCGGUGUCUUCAUAUGCAUCCGCUGCUCAGGCAUUCACCGUGGCAUGGGCACGCACAUUAGCAAAGUCAAAUCCGUCGAUCUGGACACGUGGACCGACGAGCAACUCCAAAGUGUGCUGAAAUGGGGCAAUGCGAGGGCGAACAAGUACUGGGAGUCGAAGCUGGCACCUGGCCAUGUUCCCUCCGAGGCCAAGAUUGAAAACUUCAUUCGCACAAAAUAUGAGUCGAAGCGGUGGACCAUGGAAGGACCUGUGCCAGACCCGUCGACUCUCGAGGCUGAUGAUGACGACAUGCCCUUGAGCAAAGUCCAGGAAAAAGUCCAAGUCGAACGCUCAGCCUCGCAACGUCUGAGUGGGAGCUCGAGUCGCCCUACUCCGCCCGAACCCAAGCCUCAGCCAGCAAUCGAUCUCUUUGGCGAUGAACCUGCCCCUGCACGACCCAGCACGGGACCGCCAGCAGGAACCACAGCUCCACCGAGACAAGAGGCAGCUCCACCGAAACAGCACAAGGCCGGUGAUUCACUACUAGGACUGGACUUCUUAGGGGGAGGACCUUCUGCACAGCCUGCUCGACCCUCUAGCACAGGUCCCGCUGCCAACGCCGCCCCUUCAAGACCUGAUCUCAAGCAGUCCAUUCUAUCCCUAUACGCAUCCAAACCCGCAGCAGCGCCCCAACCACAACAGCAUGCACGACAAGACUCCUUUGGUGGACUCGCUUCUCCCCAAGCUCAAGCAUCCCCACAACAGUCUUCCCUCGGUGGCAUCAACGACGCCUUUAGCAGUCUCUCCUUCUCGGCCGCACCAGCACCCAAACCCUCCCCCUUCUCCGGCCUUGACAACUUUAGCGCAAAGUCACCGCCCACGACCUCCUCAUCCAACAUGUUCGGUGGCGGAGGCAACUUUUUCGCCUCGAAGCCGCAAUCGCCUCCCGCGCAGCAAUCCCAACUCCGCACCAUGAGUCCUGCAGGCGGCCUUAGCGGCUUCGAUGCCUUCGCAUCCUCUGCUGCGCCAUCGAAGUCAGCAGCUCCAGCCACAAGCGGCAUGAACGACCUCCUCGACCUCUCCAUGCCCUCGGCUCCCGCGCCGGCUCCACGCAUGACAAGCCCACCCAUGGCCUCACCCUCCAUGAACUCGGCCUUCAACCUCACAUCGCCCGCCGCACCCACCGCGCCCAAACCAGCACCCGCCGUCAACUACAGCGGCGGCUUCUCCAACAUGGACGCCUGGGGCAGCAACGACGUCUGGGCCUCUAGUGCCCCGAGUCAGCCCGCUGCCACGAGCACAGCGCCCCCGCCAAGUGUGGGCUGGGGCGCUCCCGCCCCGGCUCAGGUCACGCAGGACGACGACUUUGGCGGCUGGAGUAGCGCUGCGCCGCCGACGACGCAGACGGGAGGUGCGGCGAAGCCGGCGGGUGGGUUUGGAGGGGCGGCGGGAGGAAGCGAGGAUUUGUUUUCGAAUGUUUGGGAGUAG